AUGUAUUCAACUCGAAAUGAAGAUACUUUGGGUUUCCUCUUUCUCUGUCUUUUGUUGUAUCCUUACGGAUAUAUACUGUUCGUGCUUAUGAGCAGGUGCGCGGUUCGUACUAAUGUUGUGGUUGUUAGGAGAAUCCUGUUAAGGCUUCAUAGGCUUGCGUUUGAAGGACUAUCUCACUGGCUCCAUCCACUCUUGGUGGUUGUUCCUGGUAAUUAUAUUCUUUUCACCACGGCAUCUCAGAUGGCUGCGUGGAAAGGCCAGAGAGCCCAAUUAGAUAGUAUAUAA